AUGCACGAUCUCAGAAAGAAGGCGCUGCUCGAGAGCGGCAAGACCACAUCCAGAAAGGCACGGUCGCGCCCCGAAUCGACUCGCGGGUCUACGACGCAUUCGCCCGUCACGUCGCCUGGUCACUCGAGACCUGGUUCCCGUGCGAACUCACGGCCUGGUAGCCGCUACGCCUCUGAAGAUGAAGGCUUUUCGGAUUCCGAGUACGACGAGACCAUGACGAUGAGCACCAAUUCAGCCUCGGACGACGCAGCUGACGGCGAGCCCCGCCAAUCAUGGGUCGAGCGCUUACAAGACCGCAUCGCCGAGCUGGAUGACCGCAAGCGGAGCAGCGUGCAGGGUCGCACUGGGCUUUUGGCUGGCUACCUGCACCUCAUACGCCACCACUUCGCCGGCCCGCAGAUCGAGGGCUCGGUGUCGGAGAUCGUCGACACGCUGCUCAAGAGCAUUAAAGGUGGAGGCAGUGCCGAGGAGCGAUCACUGGCACUCAAGUCGCUGACGGUCACGGCCCUGAACUGUCCUGCCGAGUCCAUCUUUGAACAAGCGUUUGAGCCGCUCAAGGUGGUGUGCCACGAUGCACAGGACGAGGAAGUCAAAGUGGACGCAAUCUACGCCAUGGCAGUGGCUGCCAUCUACUGCAGCGGCUUCGUGGCCGCCGCCGAGGAUCUACUCGAGUUUUUGAUGGACAUCAUCGAGAGCGACGGCAACGUCGUCGAGGCCGAGGACAGCGGCCCCGUCGUUGCUGCCGCUCUCCAAGCGUGGGGUUUCGUCGCUGGCCAGAUCGAAGACCUGAGCGACUGGUCCGAGGAAGCAAUGGAUGCCUUCAUAGAGCAGCUCCAAAGCACGGACAUCGACGUCCAGACCAGUGCCGGCUCCAACGUCGCCUUCCUUCUCGAAGUCUCUCGUGAUCAAGAGGAGGAGACGGGAGAGGCCCUGAACUUCUCCUACAACUCGCACGGGCUUAUGCAACGCCUGAACGAACUGGCGCGGGGCUCAAAGUCCAUUUCCAAAAAGGACCGCAGGCAUGUCAGGACGGAGCUCAAAGACGUGAUCCAGUCGAUCGAAGAGGGCGUUGGCCCUGGGUACUCGACAGUCUUGUACGACGAGGUCAAUCCGAGAACCCCCGGGAACAAGGCAGACGGCAGGGGCGGCAAGCAUCUAGGCUACCGCAAGAAGUUGCGAGUGCGGGACGACCUUAUGCUCAUCGAUACGUGGUCGCUGAACUCGCGGGCAGAGACGCUGAGGCUCCUCUUGGGAGGUGGCUUUGGCACACACUGCGUUGACAACCCUCACAUCAUCAACAUUUUUGGCGAUGCCGAGGUUGAGACUCUGACCAAGGAAGCUCUACCCAAGAAGAGUCCACGAAAGGCAUCCAAGAAGAAGGGGGGCCGAAUCCAGGACUAUUAA